CCACAAAAUGUCGAAACUAUCAUUUAGAGCACGCCACCUGGAUCCGUCCAAGCAGAUGCCCAUCUACUUGGCGGAGGAGCUGCCCGAUUUGCCCGAGUAUUCGGCCAUUAAUCGCGCCGUGCCACAGAUGCCAAGUGGCAUGGAGAAAGAGGAAGAGUCGGAACAUCAUUUGCAGCGAGCCAUUUGCACUGGCCUCAUCAUACCCACGCCAGAGGUGCUGCAAACGGAUCAGCAGUUCUACGAUGCCUACUAUCCGCCAGACUACAAAAUGCCCCGCCAAAUGAUUCACAUGCAGCCCCUGGGCCUGGACACUGAGGUGCCGGACUAUGACCUGGAUAGCGCGGAUGAGGAAUGGCUGAGCCAACAGCAACGCUUGCAGCUGACCGAGCUGAAGUUCGAACAAAUGAUGGAUCGGCUGGAGAAGAGCUCCGGCCAAACUGUCGUCACACUCAAUGAGGCGAAAACGUUGCUCAAUCAGGACGACGAGACUAGCAUAUCAGUGUACGACUACUGGCUGAACAAGCGCCUCAAUAUGCAACAUCCGCUGAUACUCACGGUCAAGACGGAGAGCCGACCGGGGGCGAGUUCUAAUAAUCCCUAUCUGGCGUUUCGACGACGCACUGAGAAGAUGCAAACACGAAAGAAUCGCAAAAACGACGAAGCCUCCUACGAGAAGAUGCUUAAGUUGCGACGCGACCUGCAACGCGCCACAACUAUAUUGGAAAUGGUGCGACGUCGCGAGGAAACAAAGCGAGAUCAUCUGAAGAUGACGGUCAAUAUCUUUGAGAAACGUGUCGAGAUGCGCGACUUUAACGGUGCAGUCUACUCGGAGCUGAAUGCCCAAUAUAAGAACUCGAGACCCGUAUACAAUUCAUUGUAUACGAAUCAAUACUCACAAGGCGCACCGGCGGCUGGCACAACAGCGAGUGGUGCUCUGCUAGCUGGUGGUGUGCUGUCUCCUGGCAUAUUGGCAACGGGAGCAAACAGCAACUCGGCCGUCUAUGGGCAGGCAUCGCAGUACCUGAACACAUCGAGUCUGACUAUGGAGGGCAUCGGCGCUGGCAGUGGCAACGGUAGCAGCAGUCGAAAGGAGAAACGGCCGUAUAAGAAGCGCAAACACAAACUUCCGCGCGACAAGCAGCAGCAACAACACCAGCAGCAACAACAACAACAGCAGCAGCAACAACAGUAUUUGCCGGGCAUGAGCCUGGCGUCUUCAGCGUCGGGCAUUUCACCUGCGCAUCUGCAUCGGCUUAAUCGCCAGAGCUCAUCGCCAGCAGGCAACGACUCAAUUGCGGACAGCGAUGAGGACGACUAUCUUGCUGUCGGCGCACAGAACGGCAACAAGCUGGGCUCCGAGAGCGAGGAGGAGGCGCCGUUUGCAUUUAGACGCAGGCCCAGGUGUAAUUACCUGCGGACACGUGCCGUUGACGAAGGUCGCUGGCCCUGGGAAGCGCCCGCUGACGAGGAUGCGCCGCCCGGUGCGGCCGGUGGUGUUGACGCUAAAUAUCGUUAUACGUUAACAUCGAUCAACUAUGACAGACCACGCUGCAUAGGCUUUGCGCGCCGGCGUCUGGGUCGCGGCGGACGUGUGCUGCUUGACCGGGCCAGCACUUGUUACGACGACCUGUGGUCCCAGUUCGACUAUACGGUGCUGGAGAGUGUUGUGAAGAGCGGCAAGCCCUCGAAGUACGAUCAUAAACAGCAACUGUCCAAGCCCAGCUCCCCGCCAACCGUAGUUGAUCUGCCCACCAGCAAGGCGGAUACGGUAACUGGGGAUGGCAGCGCAACUCCCGAGGCGGUCCUUAAGGUCGAGCCGGCCAGUGAACAGGUGCUGCCCAAGGAGGAGCGGCAGGAGAAUGAGGAGGACAAAGAUGAUGAAGAAGAGGAUGACCUGAACACAGAGGAUGAGAAUGUGUCGCGUCUGAACAUCUACAGCUCAGCGGUGACGUUGCAGCAAAGUCCCUUCGAUAAGCGCAUGAAACGACGUCGAAUGCAUCGCAAGAAGCAACAAUUGCGGGAGCAGAAUGCCGCGAAGCGUCUGAAGAGCGCUGUGGUGGAUAGCGAGGACGGCGUGGCUAUGGACGAGGAUGCGCCGCGUCUGCUUCCUCUGCCUAGGUCAUAUUUGCAACGCUUGGCACGGGCACUGCAUUCGACGACGACGGCUGCUACGGCGGCAGCGGCAGCGGUAGCGGCAAAGGCAACUGCAGCUGCAGCUGCAACGAAAGUGCAGACGGAAGUGUUAACGGAUGCAAAUGGGAUGAGUUUGGGAAAGCAGCCGCAGCAAGAGCUGGAGGUGAAGCAGGAAGUAUGCGAUGAGCUGAUAGAGCAGUCACGCCACGCGAAUCAUCAGCACCACCGUUCCAAUAAUAAUAAUAAUAACAACAACAAUACCGUGUUUAAUAAUAACAACAACAACAACAACAACAAUAGUAGUAGUAGUAGUAAUAUGAAUAAGAAUGUUAGCAUUAGCGAAAAAUUCAAUGUGAUAAAAGUGGAGGAUGAGGAUGCGGACGGAGACGAUGGGACAACUCGGAUUGAGCAGCCAGUGGCCUCCACCUCAGCAGCGGCAGCAGCAGCACGCGCUGCCGAGGCUGCAGCUGCAGCAACAACAACAAAUGCAAUCGGAUCUGCAAAUUCAGCGAGCGAGGUCGAGGUCGAGGAUGUGGCCAGGACGAUAAAGCGCGAACUGAUCGAUGCCGAUGACUCGAAUGAGCCGUUGAGCAGCAUACGUACAGCAGCAUCAAUGCAGAGCAAGCAGCAGCAGCAGCCUCAGGACUUGAUGGACGACGAUGAGGCCGAGGAUGAUGUUAAUCUGGCACAGCUCAGCAGCAUUAUAAAGCACACAGCCGUCAAAAAGGAGCUGCAGGCGCAACAGCAAGAGCAGCAGAAGAGGCAAAGGCAGGAGGAGAAACAACAGCUGGAGAGCCAAACACGAUGCUUCAAUCAGAUGCCCGAUGUCAUUCGUCUGCACAAUAAGCAACUGCACAUUGAUGCUGGGGAUUUGGAUGCGACGGCAUCCGUGCCAACGGAGGACGACAGCGAAGCCUAUGACUAUAUGGGCGGACUGUCGCCAACAUCUAGCCAACGCCUGGACAUCUGCAAUGAGCUGCUGUCGGAGAUCAGGCGCGACUGGCUGCACUUUCGGCCAAAGACGCCCACAGACGAGCUGUCGGACAGCAAUCACGAGGACGAGGACAAUGGCAAGCUCUGCGAUGCUGCGGUAGUCGACUGGACACAGGACACGCCCAUUAGCAUCGAGCUGAGCCUGUUGGGCAAAUGCAGUGACGACGACGAUCCCGCCAGCGAAGCCCACUUCAUGAGCACCGCCUUCAAGUACACGGAUCUCGACCCGGAUGCUCAGCUGCUGCAAACCGCCUACGCGCUGGACUAUGCGCGCGACAGCAAUCGAAGUCCCGAUCACACAAACGGCGACUGCUCCGACACUGGUUCGGGCUUGGGCUCGGGCUCUGGUGAAGGCUCUGCGCUGGAGUUCAAUCUCAGCGGCGGCGAUUCGCUCAACGACAUCAAUCUGUUGGGUGACGAUCUGGUCAACAAUAUUCUGCACGAGUGCAGCAUGGAUGAUCCCAAGAAUCAGGCCGCCAACUUCUGGAACAUCCUUGAUGGCGAGACGGCUGUCGAUGAUGUCGACAACGCUGAGAGUCUCCUCGACUGCAAGACAACCACCGCCUCCGAACUGAAGCGUACGGCACGCCAUCGUGCGCACCAUCGCGGCCCAUCCGCUCCCCUCGGUAGCUCCAGCUUCAGAACAGCCGAUGUGCCGUCCUCCUUCUUUUGUCAAGCACCCCCCGUCAAGGAGGAGCCGCCGCCGUCGUCGGAGGCAUUGCCAGAAGCCGCACCGCCAGAGCACACGCAACCCAUCAAGGUGGAACCGGCGGACGGCAUAAGCACACCCUCGAUCGCAUUGCCACAUUCGGCAGAAAUCAGCUUAACGACAUCCUCGCCCGCCAACGCAAUGCCGGUUGGAGCAUCAGCUCCUGCUGUGCCAGUGCCAGCACCACAGCUGGUGCCAGCCACACCAACUGCAGCGCCGCUGAUUGCCACCAGCACAGCCGCCACCCAUCUGCUCAACAUACCCGCCCAAAUCACAACGCAGCAGCAACAGCAUCAACAACAGCAGCAGCAGCAGCAGCAACAGCAACAAUUGCCGCAGCAAUCGAAGCCUGCCCAGGUGGCUGUGACACAGCAACUGCUCAAUCAGUUUGCCGCCAGCGCGACGCCAGCUGCCACCCAGCUGAUUGCGAGGACAGAGUUUGUGAGCAGUGGCACGGCCGUUGGGGAUAUUGUGACCAUAACGCCGCAUACGGGCAGCAGUCCGCUGCCGGCGUUGACACCACAGCAGCAGCAGCUGCAGCAUCAGCUGGCGCAGGCGCAGCUGCGCAAUGUCACGGUGCAGCAGAGACAGGCGACACCCCAGCACCAACAGCAGCAACAGCAGCAAGUGCAGCAGGUGCAGCAGCAACAACAACAACAGCCGCAACAGUUUCUGCUGCAGAUGCAGCGUGAUAUUGGUGGCUCAGCAGCUGUGAUCUCCUCGCAGAGCAUUGUGACGUCACGCAGCGGCAACCACAUGAUCUAUACGACGAACAGCGGCGAGAUCAUGACCGCGGCAGGCCAGGUGGGCGCCCAGAAGGUGACAUAUGCCAUACAGAAGAGCGCCGGUGGCAGCAGCGCCUCCAUUGGGCCCAACACGGUCAUCACGCUGUCCAACGUCAAGCUGCAGAACGAUGACAACUCGGCAUCCGCCUCGCAGCCAUCGAGUGUCAACAUCAUCAACACCGCCAGCGGGCAACAGUUGGCGGUGCACAGCAUCUCUGGCAUUCAGCAACAGCAGCAGCAGCAGCAACAACAGCAGCAGCAACUGCAACAGCAGACGACGACCAGCACGCCACUAAUUGUGACCACGCGCAACAAUAAUGCCCACCAGCAGCAACAGCAGCAGCAGCAGCAUCAACAGCAGCAACAGCAACAGCUCGUGCAGCAACAACAGCAGCAGCCAAUUGUUUGGCGGCAGGUGAGCGGCACCAACACGGCGGUGGCCACCACAGCGGUGCUCUCUAGCACCACAGCCGAUUCGGCAACAGCGGUGGGCAAUAAGAUUGUGUGGACGAGUCGAGCCACCCAGAAGCGGCAGAACGGACCGGAAAACACAGAUAUUAACAAACUGCUGCUGAACCGGAAGUUCUCGCAGCGUAAGGUGGGGCAGCAGCAAGUGACGCAGCAGCAGUUCCAGCUAACGAAGCAGCAGCUGCAGCAGCUGGUGCAGCAAGAGGAUGAGCUGGUGGCUAGCGGAGCUGGCGAGCAGCUGACAUUGCAGGACGGCAGCGAUGCACUGCAGCAGCAGCAGCAGCAGCAGCAUCUGCAGCAGCAGCAACAACAACAGCAACAUCAGCAGCUACAGAAAUUCAGCAAGGUGAUCAAGAUGUCGCCGUUCCCGCUGAUUGUGUCGGACCUCAAUCUGCAGCAGCAAACGAAUCAGCAGCAGCAGCAGCAGAAGCCCAAUUCAGCAGCGGCCAUUGCGGCGAAUCACAACUACAGCCUGCAGCCGGCCACAGCCAUAAUCACCUCCCAGGCAGGACCGCAGCAGGCCAACAAAAUCUUCCUAACCAGCAAUAGCAGCGGUGGCAGCGGCGGCAAUUUCAUCGCCACGGCCAGCGAGCUGCAGGCGGCGGUGGCUGCCAGCAACGCGGGCCAGCAGAAGCUCCACUACAAGGAGCUGCCCAAUGCCAAUGUUAAGCUGAAUUUUGUGAGCACCGCCACAACGGGCAAUGCGGCCGACGCGCUGGUGACCCAGGCGUCACAGCAGCUGGGCGCCACCACAGUGGUGCUGAAUAAGACAGGCUCACCGCUGCCCACCGCCAUUCAGCAGCAGCAGCUGCAGCAGCACCAGAAACUCAAAACGGGCGGGACGCAGGUGCAGGUGCCGGUCUCGGCUGGGGAUAAGCGCGUGCUCUACACGAGCCUGCUGAAUGUGAAGCCGUUGCAGAAGAACAACAGCGGCCAGAUGCAGAUGCAGCUGGGGGCCGCCGGACUGCAGCAGGUGUUGCGUGGACGGCUGAACAACUCGGCGAUAUUGACGCGAACCCUGCCGCUGGGCACCACAGUGAACAGCACGGGUGGCGGCGGUGGCGGUGGCAGCGCAGGAGGAGGUGGCGUUGGAGGCACUCCGACCACCAUACGCCAGCUGGUCAGCAGCAAUGUCACGAACAAUGUGGGAGCAGCAGCAGCAGCGGCCGCGGAUACCAUUGGCAAGGAGGUGGGCAAGGUGCAUGUGACUGUGGAGCAGGUGAUUGCCAGUGCCAACAAUGGCGGCGUUGUGUUGCCUACCACCACCAAUAACAACAACAACAACAACAAUAGUAAUAGUAACAACAACAACAACAAUGCAAAUAGCAGCAGCAAUAACAACAACAACGGCAGCGGCACGGGCGGAGGCGGCAUGAAUGCAACAACGAGCAAUGUGAACGCAACUCCGACGAUAAACAGAUGAGACGCGGACGGCAGCUAACAUCCAAUGACAAGUGGAGGCUGUUGCACGCUUAAUCUGCCCAGCGGCACCUCGCUCAGCCUGGCGCCAUCGGCAGCGGCACCGCGGUCCAGUCCGCUGAUGGUGGCCCUGGGUCAGUUGCUGCAGCCGGCGCAGUGCUGCUGUGCCCUCUGCCUGGUGAAGCUGGGCAAGCAGACGUCUGCCUAGAGGAGUAGCGGCUGCUGCUGCUGCAAUUACUAUAUAUUACUAUAUAUAUAUAUAUAUACAUAGAUAUUGCAUAUAUCAAGCAGAAACCUACAAAUAUUCAAUGUGAAUUAUUGCAAAUUGUGAGACCCUCCGCCAGCCCCCAAGAGUGGAUAAUUGUAAAAUAAAUUGGAAAAUGGA